AUGGUUCCUUCCUACGCGCAGAUCUUCACUGCGCUCUGUGGUCUGGCGACUACCGCUGUUGCCGUCCAGCCCGUCAUUGUCGAAGGAAAAGACUUUGUCAACAGCGUCACCAAGGAACGCUUCCAGAUCCUCGGUGUCGACUACCAGCCCGGUGGUUCCUCUGGCUUUACUGGCAAAUCCGACCCUCUUAGCGACCCUCAAACGUGUAUGCGUGAUGCGGCGCUCAUGCAGCGUCUGGGUGUCAACACCAUCCGUAUCUACAACAUGAGCCCUGACCUUAACCAUGACGAGUGUGCCUCCAUCUUCAACGCGGCCGGUAUCUACCUGAUUCUGGAUGUCAACUCUCCUCUGGAGAACGGUUCCUUGGACCGGACGGCACCCUGGACCUCGUAUAACCCCAUCUACAUGAAGCAGGUCUUCGGCAUGAUCGAAGCCUUCAAGAACUACCCCAACACUCUGGCCCUCUUCUCCGGAAACGAGGUCAUCAACCAGGACAGUGUCGAGCAGGUCCCCUCCUACGUUCGGGCGGUGCAACGUGACAUGCACGACUACAUCGCGAAGCACGCCAACCGUUCUAUCCCUGUCGGUUACUCUGCUGCUGAUGUUCGCGAUAUCCUUGUGGACACCUCCAACUACAUGUCUUGCGAGAUCAAGAACUCGACCAGCUCCCGGUCUGACUUUUUCGGUCUGAACUCCUACUCGUGGUGCGGUGACUCCAGCAUCAAGACUGCCGGUUACGAUGUUCUGGCCGACGACUUCAAGAACGCCAGCCUGCCCGUGUUCUUCUCCGAAUACGGAUGCAACAAGGUUACCCCCCGCGUCUUCACUGAAGUCCAGGCCAUCUACAGCGAGGAGAUGACCCAGGCCAUUUCCGGGGGCCUGGUAUACGAGUGGACCCAGGAGGCCAACAACUACGGUCUGGUUCAGGUCAACGACAACGACACCGUGUCUCUGCUUGUGGACUACGAGAACCUGCAGAAGCAGUUCGCCAAGGUCGAUCUGAAGAGCGUCCGGGCCGCCAACAGCUCUCAGACUUCGGUCGAGCCCGUCGUCUGCAGUGCCGACCUGAUCAGCACCAGUGGCUUCCCCAACACCUUUGACCUCCCCGCGCGUCUGGACACCAUCCAGAAGAUGAUCGAUAACGGUGUCGGCAGCACUAACGUUGGCAAGCUCGUUUCCGUCAAGAACACCAAGAUCAACGAGACCAUCUAUGACAGCACUGGCAAGGAGAUCACCGGUAUCGAACUGAACGUUCUUGCCAACGACCAGUCCAAUGAGCCCGGUUCAAACACUUCGGGCAGCAGCAGUGGUUCCUCUACCUCCGCCUCGUCGACCUCCAGCGCCAGCGGUUCUGCCAAGACAAACGCCGCCGGCAAGUCCACUGCUUCGGGCAUGUUCAGCCUUGCCGGUGCUCUGACUACCAUGCUUCUGGCUCUGGCUGCGUAG